GGUGCCAGCGAUUCCAGCAGCCCAGAGACCGACCGUGAUUUUGAUCCGUCUGCUGACAUGUUAGUUCAUGACUAUGAUGAUGAACAUACACUUGAAGAGGAGGAGGCCAUGAGUGGGGACAGUUGUUCAAAUGAACUAGAUGAUCUGGAAAGAGAAGGGGAUAUGCCUUUGGAGCAACUAUUAGCCAUGUAUAAAUAUGCAGAUGAGCCACAGGAUACACGUUCAAGUAGUGAAGAAGAAAUCCUCAGCAAUCAGGAUCUGACACUUGACAAAGAAGAAAUAGCUCGCGAUCUGCUCAAAACCAGUGAUGAUGAUGACGACAAAGAAACAACAGUGAAUGACCUCUUGAACAGUGUGCAUGUGUCAUCUUCACAGACAAACAGACUUCUUAGAUCCAAUAGUCAAGAUGGAAGUGAAAAUGAAGAUGAGGAUUCUGAAGAGGACAGUGAUUACCACCAACCUAUAGAAGUUGUUGAUGAUUGGAAAAAGACAAUCCAAGUUGGCUCUGAUUAUCAAGCUAGUGUUCCAGAUGGUCUCUGCAAAUAUGGAGAUGCUCCAGCCUAUGAGAAUGAAGACCGACUACUAUGGGAUCCUAACAAAUUAACAGAUUCUGUUGUUGAAAAGUACUUGGAUGAAAUUCAAACUCAGUCAUUAAUCAAUGCCACAGGUGUAAAUGCAGUGGGCACUGGUAUACAUAUUCGAGAUGAUGAACAGGCUUUAUAUUUACUACUGCAAUGUGGACAUAAUGUUGAAGAGGCGCUUCGCAGAAGGAAGAUGCAGGCAGUUCCUCCCACAGAUCCUAUGAGUUUAUGGUCAGAAGAAGAAUGCAGAAACUUCGAAAAUGGUCUAAGAACUUACGGAAAAGAUUUCUACUUGAUCCAGCAAAAUAAAGUGAAAACAAGGUCUGUUGGAGAAUUAGUACAGUUUUAUUACCUUUGGAAAAAGACAGAAAGACAUGACAUGUUUGCCAACAAGAACAGAUUGGAAAAACGCAAAUAUUCCUUACAUCCUGGUGUCACAGAUUACAUGGAUCGCUUCCUGGAUGACCAGGAGAGUCCAGCUGCAGCACCUGUAAGGGAGAGAUCAGCAAGUCCUAUCAACUCUCUCAUUUAUGGUGAUCCAAAAAGAAACCAAUUGAAACCUCCAUCAUCGGACACAGAGACAUCUUCCAGUUAUCAUGUUGGGGAACCUAAAGACUUUGAUCUCAGUGCUGCUUCACCAACUGUAGUUCGUCCCGAGAUUAAGAGACAUAGUCCAUCUUCUCCACGAGCCACAAAUAACGUAAUUCAUGUUUCAUCUGGCUUAAACGGCAGUUGUGAAGACGUGAUUGAACCAAUAAGCAAAAAAAUGAAAACAGAUUCAGAACAUUCACAUUACGAACUUCAGGAGUCAUAUUCAGACAACAACCAUAUAGAUUCUGUGUCUCUAUCAUCUGUUGCCUCAGGACUCACUCAAUCAGAACACACAUUAACAUCUGUUGGUGCUUUAAAUGCGGACCUUCAUCCUGUAAAGCAUGCAUCAGCCGAGUCUGUGGUACUGUGAUGUUGUCUAAAGUUAGAUUAGCUAGGCUUUAGGUAUAUCAAAUAAGAAAAGAAAUUCACUUAAUGUUACAUCCAAGAUCCAGUUUUAUACAUCUUGACAUCUCGAGGUACUUUAUAGAGAAAAGUUUUCAACAAAGUAGUGGUCUUUUUAAAAAAAAAUUUGUCUUUGUUUUUUUUUGUUUUUUUUUUUUUUAAGUUGUGAAGUUUAAAAAGAUUUUGUACACAAUUUAUGAUGCUCUUUAAUAUAGAACAAAUUUUAAUUAGACAUUUUUUUUUUGAUGUAGCUGUAUAAAAGUGGGUCUUGGAUGUUUAAAAAAAAAACAUGGAAAAAUCAUUCCAUUCAGGGAAUUUAUUUAUACAAACCAAGAGAAGAAGUGACAUAGACCAGCUUUGUCUUGACAUCACUUACAAUGUGCAAUAUCGAAGAUGAUCGUUGAACAAAGUCUGACCAUUCAGCUUUUGUUCAUUACAGAGUGUUCCAGGAUCAGUAAUGGCCAGUGGGUCUGUCUGUUUUAAGGCAGACAGUCAGUGGUGCAGAUUUGUUUUAUAAGACCACCCAUCCUAGCAGUAUCUUCUUGUAUUUGCUUAAUAUAUUGAUACAGUCUUGGCGACCUUACGCCGAUAAGCCGAGGAAGACAACAUUUUUUGAUUGUCACACCUUAAGUUUUGUACAUGAAAGUAGAUACCAUGAGUAUUCAUAAGUUAGAAUUAAUAAGGAUAGGUGAGUAAACACAAAGUUGUGAAAAAUAACUUUUGUUUGAUUUGUGUGUGGUUUUAUGUCGGCAACAGCUACAGUGACAAAGUAGUGAUGGUUGUUGGAUAGAGUGAGGGUGGGGGCUUGGGGCUGCUCUUUUAUAGAGGGAGUGAUGUUCAUUUUCAGAAAAGAAUCAAAAUCCUUUGUUAAAAAAGAAUAUACAGUAGUUGUAUAGAAGUAGGAGUUUAACAGGGAUUUCACUCCACAGUAAUUGUGAGAGUAGACACCAUAAGGAUUGUUUUUGUUAUUGUGUUAUUGGAAGGAGAGAUUAUAGUCGUCUUGCUUCAUUCAGAGAGUGGAAUGAAUCUAAUCUGAAGAGAUUUAUGCAAAGAAUGUUGUUUGUUAAGAAAGUGUAAAUAGUCCUGGUUUGUUAAUACAUAUAUACAACUCUCUACCACUAUGGCCUACUUUACACAAUGUACCAAGUGUUUUAAUACAACUGCUCGUUGAUGUAUCAAAGAUGUUUUAUUCUUUUGAAUGUUUUUAUUAACAUCAGAACAUACAAAGUGUAUUUAGCAUAAGUAAGAUUCAGUCUCCCAAUAAUGAUUUUCUGAAAUAAAUUGUAUGGGAGAAAUUAGAUGCACUUUUUUCAGGGACCCAUUAUCCUUCAAAUUUUUACUGACAUUUAGCAACAUUGUAUGUAUGAUAGUCUAUGAUACCACAAUAUAGUGUGUGAUAUUAAUGUAUUAUUCAAUACCUUACGAUUCUGCACUACAAAUUGGUGGAUAACAUUAGUAUACCUUUUGCAUUUUGACAUUGAAAUUUGAUUUUCACUUAAUGCAGAUAGCUCAAAGCAUUUUAUAUCGCAUUGCCAAAUAUAUGAAUUGUGAAGAGAGGGAAGGGGGCACACAAAAAACACCCUAAAAUAAUCUACUUAUAGAUGUUUUUAUGUGACUGUCAAAAGGGAGGAAAAAGAUAUACUUUGGCAGUAGUGGUUUUAUGUGUGAAAAAAUUGAUUCUGCCCAUGUCAUAUAUACAACUGCUUUAUUUGUGCUUUAAUCAAUAUAUGUCCCAAAUGUGUUAUUCAAAUGACUUGAUAUUUUUAAGUAUAUUAUAGUCAUUGUUAGCUAAAUAAUCCAUUUCAAGUCAACACACUCUUAUAAUUUUGCUGAAUUGAACACAGAUAUUUUAUCACAUGCAAGUUUCAUUUCGGCAAACACUUUCUUGCAGUUAAGGUAUGUAGUAUGUUCUCUCCCAGUAUACUAGUUCAUCGUUGAUCUAUAAUUCCAUCCAUUUCCAAAAAUUCAAAAUGAUUGAAUAUUACAUAAAUUGAUAAGUAAUUCUUGAGGUCAAAAUAAUGGGUUUUUUUUAUUUGCAAUGAAAUAAAUUUUUCACUGUAUGGAUAUGUCAGAUUUAAGUACAGUCUAUUGUCAUUUAUCUCUUUGUUUUCAUUCAAGGUGUAGUUGCCUUCCAUUGAAAAUUUGAUUUAAUAAUGUAAUUAAAUAUGACACUUUGAUUUUUACAGAAUCAUCCAUCCAGCUUUCUUCUCAGUUAGGUAUUGAGUUAACUGUAGGAAAUGAACUAGUCACAAUCUCCAGUUUAGAAUUCUUGUACAAUUUUUAACCAUUUGAGUCUAAUAGAUGUGAUGGCUGUUUAAUGCUAAACCAUCAAGGUAUGGUAAAUAAAUUUUAUGUUAUUUUCUUGUAAACUGGAAGUCAAAUGUUCCUUUACAGCUAUUCCAGUAAAACAUUUACCCCAGAACUCAAAAAUAAAUCCCUUCUAUCCAUGGUUUCCUGCCUAUUACUUCAAAGGGAAUUAUCUAUCAGAUUCUUUGGGUGGUAGUCCUAAACAAAACCUGGAGUCCUGGGGUGAGAUAGAUGCUUUACUGGAACAACCCUUACCUAUACAUAUGAAUAAAUACCUUUGUGUCGUGAUGUGUGUUUGGUAUACAUGGAGAGCCAUUGAGGGCAAUCGAGAGACAUGCUCACCUGGGCAGCAUUGUAAAGCAUUGUAUCUAGUGCUCCACACCUGUCUUUGUUUAUACAUCUGUUUUAAUGGGUCUUCAUAGCCCUCUCUUUUUUAAAAAAUAUAAGAGUUUUCUUUAACUUCAGAAUUCAGUCACUUGGACAGAGGAAGGGAUUGUUAUUUCACGGGAUGAUGAAUAAUCCCAAAAAUCAUGUAUAUAAUCAUUUGUUUAUAUCGCAGUGCCAGAAAUGUAAAUAAGAAAUAUGACUUUCUGGAAAUAUAUUACUAAGUUCAUACCAAAAGUAUUUUAGCCAUGAAAAUCACAGUAUACAUGUAACUGAGGUCAUUAUCUAUUUUAAUGCCUCCUAGGAUUUAAAUCCAGGGCCUCUGGCUUACUAGUCUGAGCAGUAUGUUGCAGCAAGUAUUUUAUCAGGGUUACAUACUCCUCAUUCAGGAAAUAUCUCUCUCGUCCUAGAAUUGCCUGGCGUUACAGCAAUGCUUGUGAAUGUAACACAAGUCCAUACAUGGGCACCAAUGUAAUAGAGGUCAUUAUUUACUUCAAUGCCCUUUUUUGGAUUUGAACCCAGGACCUCUGACUUACUAGUUUGACCCUCAACUGAUCACGCUAAAGAGAAGUUCUCUAUAGCUGAGCGGUAUAUUGCAGCCAGUAUUUUACCAGAGUUACAUACAGAUACUUCUUUGAAAUUGUCAUCCCUAAUGUUUCUUGGAAGUUCAAGCUGUAUCCUCCUGUUUGGAAACUUUCAACAAUACCGAUAUACUCUUAUAUGAUUGAUUGGCUGACUAGAUCAAUUUACAGGCUGAAUGAUAUUGAUUUCAUUAGUCUGAUUAAAAUUCCUAUUUAGUAUCGAUAUUAUUAUUGUAAUUUAGAUAAAAAGGUAAUUACAAAAUGACCAGCCUUUAUAAAUUAUGUACUUUUUUUUUCCUUCUUUUUUCCAGUCUGAAUUUUCCAUACUCUGGAAGGGUGAAUUUGCUUUUCACAUUUUCAGCAUCAUGUACUGCUACAAAAUUGUCCAUUUAUUGUGUUGGCGUCUGAAAUUUGCAAUAUUUAUUACAGAGUAAUGUAAAAAGAAUAAUUGUCUUUAUUUUUGUACAAAUGAACUGUACAUAACUGCCCGGUUUUGCUGUAUAAUUACUACCCAUUUGAUGAUAUGUAUAUCAUUGUGUUCUCCAUCACAAUCACUCUCCUAUCCAUAGUGUUGUAGAUAUUGUCAGAAGUAUACAUGUUAACAUAUGGUUUGUACUAUUUAUUAUGUACAUAGACAUAGAUAGACUCUAUGCCACACAGAAAAUUAAACAUUUUUACAGAAAGUAA